CCUUCUCCUCCCUUCACUCUGUAAAAAAAAAGUGCAGUUUCUGGUGCUGAAUAUUCUGUGAUUAAUGCAGAUUUUGUCCUGAAUUAUUGCUUCAUAGGAAAUAUGACCCUUCAGGUUUAGAGAGGCUCAGCCUCCCGGAGCCUUCAUUACAAUCCGCCCAUGCUUCCUUCCUUUCUCGUAUGGGGCUGUAGGGAGGGUCGGACACUUUAUAAACUUGCCAACAAACUUUGAGACAUGACACAGAGCUCAGACAUCCCAGAAUCCCGGCACUGCUGCUGCUGCUGCUUCUUGGUGCCUUCCCUGUGCUGCUGCUUCAUUCUUGGUUCUUCUGAGCCCCCCUUCACCACCACAGGAUGAGGCGACUUCUGCAGAGCAUAUUGGGGGUGCUGCUUUCAGCUCAUUUGGGGAUCCCAUCACUCGCCGACCAGAACCUGUCAAACCUAAUUUGCAUCGGCCAAUCCUGUUAUCUUGCCAGCUGGACUAGCAAACGGCACAACAAGGCAGAGAGUUACUGCAGUGACCAGGGGGGGCAUCUGAUGGCCGUGCGAAGCUCCGUUGAAGCUGAAGUCGUUGAGAUGCUCCUGGGCAAAUCGGUCGAUACGGUGGCCAGUGUGUGGAUAGGGCUGGAGCUGAAACAUGCAUUGUGCACAGAUGUCUCCCAGCCCCUGAGAGGGUUUCAGUGGGUGACAGGUGAGAGUGACACCAAUUAUUCCAAAUGGAAAAGCAAUGACACAAAAUGUGGGAAACUGUGUGUGGUCGUUCACAGGGACCUGUCCUGGGAAGAAGUCCUUUGCAAUACAAAAUCAGAUGGACAGUUGUGCGAAAUAUCUUACUCAGCUUCAUGCAAGCCCAUCUCUUUACCCCAAGGGUACGACAUUGUCUACAAUACACCCGUGGGCAUGGCAGACCCAGGAAUCCCCUUCCUUCCCCCUGACACCAAGGCAGACAUACCCAGUGCCAACCUUUCACUAGUUUGUGGAGAUCCAGGUGAUGGAGAGAUGAAAUGGACCUCUAAAGAGUAUGGAGCUUGGAACUGCAUGAUUGAAAAUGGAGGGUGUUCCUUUAUUUGUAAUGGGGAUAUUGGGGAGUCGAAGUGUGAGUGUCACCAAAAUAUGAACCUUAGUGAUGAUGGUAGGGGCUGUAUCCCCCUUCCAAGUAGCCUGCAGUGCAUUCCAGACCAGUCAACUGGCACCUGUGUGUGUGCGAAGGGCUUCACCCCUGCAGAGGAUGGAAGGACAUGCCAAGAUAUUGAUGACUGUGCCCUCAUCCCAGAUCUCUGUGAGCAGAGUUGCACCAACACAGAGGGGAGCUUCAUGUGCACCUGCUUUGAUGGCUAUGAGAUGGUUGAUGAGCAAUGUAAAGACAUCAACGAAUGUGAGUCCUCAGACACCCUGCCCUGUGAGCACAUCUGUGAAAAUUUCAGUGGGGGGCACAAAUGUGUCUGUUGGGAAGGCUUCACCGUCGACGAGAAAGAUCCUAAGAAGUGCAAGCAGUUUUGUAACAGCACCAUCUGCCCUGCUUACUGCGGCAACAAAUGCAGCUGUCCCGACGGGUAUGUUAUGGAGACAGAAGACGAAUCAAAUUUGCAGUGCAGAGAUAUUGAUGAAUGUGAAUCUAGAUUUUGCAAAGAUUUGUGUGAGAAUUUACCCGGCAGCUAUAACUGCUAUUGCCCAGAGGGCUUCAUCCUUGAGAAGGACACUUCUUGUUCUCCUGCUGGAGGUUCAGGUGAAGGCAUCACACCCACAUCAUUCCAACCUUUAAAACCAACUCCAUCUGGGGAUGAACAUUCUGUUCAGCAGCCCAUCAUGGCUUUUGGCAUCUGUGUAGGCAUCUUGUCCAUUAUCAUUGUCCUCAUUGCCAUCAUUUGCCACCUGGUGAGGAAGCACCACAAGGACCAAGCGGCACUAGACUGUAAGAACCCAGAGAAAGGUCUGGUGCUCCAGCAGGUGAAUUCAACAUCCUCAAAGAAAUUAUAGCAACUGUGCACUGCCACAAUGUAUCAUCUUCCACCCUUCUUAUCCCCCAAACACUUUCCAUUUAGAGGCACAGGGAUAAUGACAAGUAGAUGGAUACAGGCAACCGCUGGAUAAGGCUCCGGAUCAGGUAUCCAGAGAGUAUAUGGAUAGCAACACUGACUGCCAGGGUUUGCACAUUAUCUGAGUGGGAGUCUAUUCAAGUGCUGAUACUCUAUUGCUGUCUAUAGUAUAAAUACAAGUCAAGGAAUCUUAGUGUUUUACAGAUAUCAAAGGCCAACUAGUCAACACAAUGGCAGUGACAUCUGCUCAGUCACUUUAGUUUACACUAAAUGCAUGUAAUAUACACUGUACAUCUGCAAUUUCCAAACCAGUUGUAGAAAUAUUGUAUUUUGAUGUUACCUUUCGUAGAGCAGGGCUUUCAACCCUAAUGAGUAUUAUAUAAAAUUCCAGAGGGCACACGAGUUGUCUGUAUUUUACAGGUACAGGAGAGGAAUAACUUGUCUUGUCAGUUUCACUGCAUUUCUUUUAUGUUUUGUUCUUACUGGUCCUUUAACAUCACUGUCUGAUUUCUUAAAUGAUAUCUCGGGAUAUCUCAAAUAGUUCCAUCUUCUAAGCUGAAUUCCUAUGGGUUUAUUCCAAUGGCUUAAAAUAUACUGAACGUUUUUCAAAAAGGUUAAUAUUAUAUUUAGUCAUCUGCAUCAAAUUAACUCAUAGGAAUCCAGUUUAGAAAAUUUGUAUGUGACAUUUAAUCCUCUCUCUGUCUCUCUCUGUCUCUCUCUCUCUCUCUAUAUAUAUAUAUGUGUAUAUAUAUUGAAAUACAGGUAUGUAACCUGUGAUACAGAAUUAUGAAUGGACGAAUUUUUCCACCAUGUUUUGGCAUGGAAAUGACGCCCAUAGUUGGUGUGCGUCAAAAAUAUUUUGCCGUGCGUCAAACUUUUUUUGACGCCCUUUAAUGGGUGUCGAAACAUUUCGACGGCGAUGAAUUUUUGGCGAAGCAAGACGGGUCAAAUUCUCCCAAGCCUAUCCAGAAUGCCUCGGGACCUGGGGUUUUCUGGAUAACAGAUAUUUUCAUAAAUAGGAUCUUCAUACCUUAAGUCUACUAGAAAAUC